GAUGCGUACACUGUGCGCCGCUGACGCUGCGGCGUGCGCUCUGCGGCGGGGGAGUGAAGUGUCUAGACGGGUGUCCCACCUGGAUGCUUGAGUUCCAGGCUCUGCUGUGAGGCGCCCCACAAGUCGUCCAGCUGAAGGGAAACACCCGCUGGACCGGCUCUUCUCAGGGGCAUUUUAAAGAUGACUGACAAAAAUUUGGAAACAACUUCACUGCAGCGGAAACUUCCUGAAUGGAUGUCUGUGCAGAAUAAGAGGCGUGCCAUGGAAGAAAGAAAGUCAUCUAUUCAGAAGAGUGUUUUUGAAGAUGAACUGCCCUUCUUAGAAUUCACUGGAACUAUUGUGUACAGCUGUGAAGCUAGUGACUGCUCUUUCCUAUCAGAAGAUAUUCGCAUGAGCCUGUCUGAUGGAGAUGUGAUAGGAUUUGACAUGGAAUGGCCACCAGUGUACAGUAAUGCGAAGCUGAGCAGAGUCGCUCUAAUUCAGUUGUGUGUGUCGGAGAGCAGGUGUUACUUGUUCCACAUUUCUUCUAUGUCAGUUUUCCCUCAGGGAUUAAAAAUGUUACUUGAAAAUGAAGCAAUUAAAAAGGCAGGUGUAGGAAUUGAAGGUGACCAGUGGAAACUUCUACGUGACUUUGACAUCAAAUUGAAGAGUUUUGUGGAACUGACAGAUGUUGCCAACGAAAAGCUGAAAUGUACGGAGACCUGGAGCCUCAAUGGUCUGGUUAAACACCUCUUAAAUAAACAGCUUCUGAAAGACAAGUCUAUCCGCUGUAGCAACUGGAAUAAUUUUCCUCUCACUGAGGACCAGAAACUGUACGCAGCCACUGAUGCUUAUGCUGGUCUCAUCAUUUAUCGAAAAUUAGAAAAAUUGGGUGAUGGUGUGCAAGUGUUCGCUUUAAGUAAAGAGGAGAAAAUACUACCUAGUGAUGUGAAAAAACAGUUGACUUCAAUCUCUGAAGAGAUGAUGGAUCUAGCUAAACAUCUUCCUGACGCUGUGAGAAAACUGGAAAAUCCACAGAGGGUUUCUAUACUAUUGAAGGAUAUUUCAGAAAAUCUUUAUUCAUUGAGGAAUAUAAUAUUUGGUUCUACCAGCACUGAGACAGAACUGAAGCCAAGCGGUGAUUUUAACUUACUGGAAGAUCCAGCUGCUGGUGUAAGACAACAGAAGGAAAUUAGAGAAAACAAAAUUUUUGCUGAAGUUGAAGAUGAGACGUGGGACAUACCACUUGAUAACUUAAUUAAACAUGAUGGAGAAAAUGUACUUGAAAAUGAAGUGAAACAAGAAGAAGAUGGGCUUGAAGAUGGAAUAGAAAACGAUAAAUUGAAAGAAAAUCGGGAAAGAGUUUGUUUGAUGUCAUUAGAUAUUACGGAAAGUGAACUUCAACUCUUGGAGCAGCAGGCUCUGGAAGAAAAUCUUUGUGAUGUUACUUACACAUCUUCUGAGCAUUUAUCUUCCAAAGAUAAUGAAGAAGAUAUAUCUUAUGUAAUUGAAAGUGAUGAAGAUUUAGAAACAGAGAUGCUUAAGUCUUUAGAAAACCUAAAGAGUGACACGGUAGAUCCAAUUCAUCCUAAAUGCUUAGAAAUGGAAAGAAAUCUGGAUCUCCCUAUUGAUGAUGAUGAAAAUGAAGAUACUGAAGAGGAAGAAGAAGAUGAGGAGGACUACUCGGUACCAGAACCCAAUGAAAAACAAGUUAUUUGUCUUAAGACCUACUUUGGCCAUUCCAGUUUUAAGCCGGUUCAGUGGAAAGUGAUUCGUUCUGUUUUGGAAGAAAGAAGAGAUAAUGUUGUUGUCAUGGCAACUGGAUAUGGAAAGAGUUUGUGCUUCCAGUAUCCACCCGUAUAUGCAGACAAGAUUGGCCUUGUCAUUUCUCCUCUUAUUUCAUUGAUGGAGGACCAAGUGCGCCAGCUUGAAGUGUCCAACAUUCCGGCGUGUUUCCUUGGAUCAGGACAGUCCAAAAAUGUUCUAAAGGAUAUUAAAUUAGGCAAAUAUCGAAUUAUAUACGUAACUCCAGAAUUCUGUUCAGGUAACUUGAACCUCCUCCAGCAACUUGAGGCUAAUAUUGGUAUCACACUUAUUGCUGUGGAUGAGGCUCACUGCCUUUCAGAGUGGGGACAUGAUUUUAGAAAUUCAUUUAGGGCUUUGAGUUCUCUAAAGUCAACACUCCCGAUGGUUCCAAUUGUUGCACUCACUGCUACUGCAAGUUCUUCAAUCCGGGAAGACAUUGUAUCUUGCUUAAAACUGAAGAACCCCCAGAUUACAUGUACUGGUUUUGAUCGACCAAACUUGUACUUGGAAGUUGGACGAAAAACAGGAAAUAUCCUUCAGGACCUGAUACAAUUUCUUAUAAAAAAGACAAGUUCUUCCUGGGAGUUUGAAGGUCCAACUAUCAUCUACUGUCCUUCCAGAAAAAUGACAGAGCAAGUUACAGCUGAACUUAAGAAACUGAACUUAGCCUGUGGAACGUACCAUGCAGGCAUGGGCAUUAAAUCGAGGACAGAGAUUCAUCAUAGGUUCAUGAGAGAUGAAAUUCAGUGUGUCGUAGCUACCAUAGCUUUUGGAAUGGGAAUUAAUAAAGCUGACAUUCGCAAAGUCAUUCAUUAUGGUGCUCCUAAGGAAAUGGAGUCAUACUACCAGGAGAUUGGUAGAGCUGGCCGUGAUGGGCUUCCAAGUUCUUGUCACCUGCUCUGGGCUCCAGUAGACCUUAACUUAAAUAGGAAGCUCCUUUGCACGAUAUACAAUGAAAAAUUUCGAUUAUACAAAUUAAAGAUGCUGGCAAAGAUGGAAAAAUAUCUGCAUUCCAGUAGGUGUAGACGACAAAUCAUCUUGUCUCAUUUUGAAGAUAAGCAACUACGAAAGGCCUCCUCAAGUAUUAUGGGAAGUGAAAAAUGCUGUGAUAACUGCAGGUCCAGAUUGAAUUCUUACUGUUCCAUUGAAGAUUCAGAUGACACGUCACAGGACUUUGGCCCACAAGCAUUCCAGCUGCUCUCUGCUGUGGCCGCUUUAGGAGAAAAGUUUGGCAUUGGGCUUCCCAUUUUAUUUCUCCGAGGGUCUCAUUCUCAGCGUCUUCCAGAUAGAUACCGCAGCCACCGUUUCUUUGGCACUGGCAAGGAUCAACCAGAGAGCUGGUGGAAGGCUUUUUCUCGUCACCUCAUAACUGAGGGGUUCUUGGUAGAAGUUCCUGCACAGAACAAAUAUAUAAAGAUUUGCACCCUUACAAAAAAGGGUAGAAAUUGGCUUGAUGAAGCCAAUAAAGAAUCUCCUCAGAGUCUUAUCCUUCAAGCUAAUGAAGAAUUGUGUCCAAGGAAAUUUCUUCUGCCAAGUUCUAAAGCUGUAUCUUCAGCCAUUGAACAGUAUUCCUCUAAUCAAGCACCAAUUGAAUUAACUGCAGAGAAGAAGCAGUCUAAUUUGGAGAAGAUGUAUUCUUACAAAGCACUUGAUAAAGUAUCUACUGGGAGUGACAUUCCUAAAAAAAGUGUCAUGGUGCCAUCACCAGGAAAAUAUCUUCCUGCAUCUUUUAAGUCCACAGAACCUGUUAUUUCAACCCAAGAACAAGAGACUCAGACUACAUUAUAUGGCAAAUUGGUAGAAGCCAGGCAGAAGCAGUCCAAUAAAAUGGACGUUCCUCCAGCUAUCCUGGCGACAAAUAAGAUACUGCUGGAUAUGGCUAAAAUAAGACCUACUACGGUGGAAAAUGUGAAAAGGAUUGAUGGUGUUUCCGAAGGCAAAGCUACUAUGUUGACCCCUCUGUUGGAAGUCAUCAAACAAUUCUGCCAAGUAAACAGUCUUCAGACUGACAUUUUCUCAAGUACAAAACCUCAAGAAGAACAGAAGAAAAGCCUGGCCAUGAAAAAUGAAGAAUUCUCACUUUCACAAUCUGUAGUCAUCACUUACUCUUUAUUCCAAGAAAAGAAGAUGUCUUUAAAGAGUAUAGCUCAGAGCAGGACUCUGCCUCUCACAUCAGUUGGCAUGCACUUAGCCCAGGCGGUGAAAGCUGGCUACCCACUCGAUAUGGAGCGAGCAGGCCUGACUCCAGAGGUUCAGAAGAUUAUUGCUGAUGUUAUCCGAAACCCUCCCAUCAACUCAGACAUGAAUAAGAUUAAACAAAUUAGAACGCUGGUUCCUUUAAACAUUGACACAUAUCUUAUCCAUAUGGCAGUUAAAGUCCUGGAAAAAGAUGAUGACGGCAAACUGCCGUGCCAGCUUUCAUGUGAUUCCAGCAAAAAGAGAUGUUUGCCCAGUUCCGAAGAGAGCCGUUUAGGCUCCAAGAGAAUCAAGGAGGAAGUUGAUAGAAAAUAUCCUGGUGAUUUCUCAAUGAAAAAUGAGAGUCAAAGAAAUGCAGUCACUUCUUGGAACCAGCCAUCCAGCAGUUCAGAAACGGAAGAUUUAUUUACAGAUUCUCAUUCACAGACUUCAGCUGAAACCUCAAGGAGAAGAUUACCUGAAUGGUUUGCCAAAGGAAAGGAGACGUUAGGUAAUACCAACGAGAAGUCAACAGCCAAAACUAAAAAGAAGGGUCUUUUUAGUUAAGUUGGAAGUCCCGGAGGAAUUAUAUGUGUCUUGCUGUGUUAUAAAAGAAGAGCUGUGUUUCAUUUCUGAAAAGAGUGGGGAGUCAUAUUUCAGUUUAAAAAAUAUUUCAAUCCCAAAGUAAAAAUUACCUAUUUAUUGAGGGACUGGCACCUUAGGUCAGCCUUCCACACAAAAUACUUGGGCCUUCUGAGAGCCUGAGUGCAUACAUUCAUAGACCAGAGUACUAAAUUAGAUUUCUUUUAAGAUUGCUUUAAGAAACCAUGUUAUUGUCCUUUUUUCUAAAUUUAGUGUGCCAUGGUUUAGUAUAAUAACAGAAUAGUAGUCAUAUGGUACUUGUGCAAUGUGAAAUAUUUCUAUCUCACUUAAAUUGUGCUUUAUAAACAAAGAAAGUGUAAUCUGUAAAUUGUCUUUACUCUUUUUGGAAGCUCUUACACACAUUGUUAAAUGGUACUGGUGGACCACACUAGUGAAGAUUAAACGUAACAUUUUAUGUUUCAUGUAUGUAGGGAACAAGAUUCCAACAAAGGGUACCAAUUGCAUUAUGCAACUAUGCACUUUGUAUUUCAUACACUAUUUCUAUUGUUUUUCAAGUAAUAAACCAAUUUCCUUCAUACUGAAUGUAUAAUACUUCCAUUGAGUUGAUUAAUUGCCUGAGUACCUUUAUUCUUGAGAUGGUCAGGCUUUGGUUCUCCUUUCUCUUUAUGUAGCACUUGUGACUUGGGUAUCUGAAACCCAUGGUCUGGCACAGAGUUGGGGAAACCAGAACUUUAAGUUUUAUAAAUACACUCCAAAGCCUUCAAUUGCCUUUGUUAAAAUAAAAAUAACUGUUCUGAAUAAAGAAUUAUGUUUGUUGUAUGAAAACUAGAAAAUCCGGGAAAGUAAAGAAAAAUCACUCAUAGUUCUGCCACUAGAUAAUCACAGCUCACCCCUUUUACAUAUCCUGCCAGAACUUUGUAUAUUCACUUCCAUUCUUUAUUAGAUGAAUAUGAAUAAUACAUGAAUGAAUUUCUAUGGUUAAAUAUUCAGGCUACUCUUAAAACAUCAACUAACCUGUUGUCAGUGCGGUGAUUUCAACUCCUGGUGACCCCACGUGUGUCACAGGAGAACUGUGCCCCACAGGAUUUUCAAGGGCUGAUUUUUCAGAAGUAGAUUGCCAGGACUUUCUUCAAAGGUGCUGUUACGUGGACUUGAACCUCCAACUUUUUGGUUAACAGCCAAGUGCGUUAAACUUUUGUACCACCCAGGACUCCUUAAAACAUGAAAGUUCCCCUUACUCUCAUUUUCCCACAUCCCAUUACCAGCCCCUGUCCAAGAGGUCACUCCUAUUACUAUUAAAAAAAAAAAUUACUAUUACCUUCUAUUAAAUAUGUGAUAUGUAGUUCUCUAGUCAUUUCUUGGAGCCCUGGUAAAAGGUUGGCAGUUUGAAUCCACCAGCUGCUCCUUAGAAACCCUAUGGGGCAGUUCUACUGUGUCCUGUAAGGUUGCUAUGAGUCAGAAUCGACUUGAUGGCAAGUUUGGUCUUUUUCUUUUUUUUUUUGGAGUCAUUUCUCUGUGUUUAUAUGUCUUUGUAUCUUUAUAUGUAUAUAUACAUACAUUCUUACUAUAUGUAAUGUUCUUCAACAAAUAUUUUUUACUUAAUGUAUCAUAAAGGCCUUUGCAUGUCAGUACGUAUUGAUCUACCUCCUUUUUAUACUGCCAUAUAGUAUCCCGUUUUGUGAGUAUACCAUAAUUUCUGUAACUGCUUUUCUGUUGGUGAUUUCAUCACUUUUUUUUCCAUUUCAUACAGUUCCUGGAAGUAGAAUUACAUAAACAUACCAUUUGUUACUUAUUUUUACCAGAGUAUAUUUGAACAUGUUUUUUCCAUGUCAUUAAACAGCCUCCCACAGAAUUUUCUUUGUGGCUUAAUAUAGUACAGUGAUUCUCAAAGUGUGGUCUGCAGACCUGUGGAGUCCCUGAGACCCUUUCAGGGGAUCUGUGAAGUCAAAAUUAUUUUUCUGAUAAUAGCAAGAUGUGUUAUUUGCCCUUUGCAGUAUGUUGACAUUUACAUUUAGAGUCAAAGCAAAGCAAUAGUGAGGAAAACCACCGGCACCUUAGCACUAACCAAGGCGGUGGCACCAUCUUGUUGAUUUUAUUAAUUCUCAGUCUUUAAAUACAUAGACAUCUCUGAAAUAGUCUGUGUGAUGAAAUGGCAAGGACUCAUAAGGCACUUUGGCUGCAUACCAAGGUGUGAUGCUAGUCUCAAAGAGAAACACGUUGGACUGACUGAGUUGUGAAUUAACUGCUUUUUUCAUGGAAUACCACUUUUACUGAAAAGAAUGACUGACAAACUGGGUAUUUGGCCGGCGUUUUCGCAGAAAUGAACAAAAUGAGUCUCUCGCUUCAAGGAAAACAGUUGAUGGUAUUUUUUUUCCAACAAUCAGAGUUGAGAUUUCUAGAAAAAUUUGUAAUUUUGGAAAACUCGUGUUUGCUACAGGGAGCGUGACAGCUUCCCAGUACAUUAAAACUUUUCUGAUGAGAUGUGUGGUAAAUAAAUUACAUGUUGUAUUACCUAUUACAUACUGUAUUACAGUCAUGUACUGCAAAACGUCCGUUCAGGCAACAUCUGACCGCAUGCACAUCCGUGGUCCCUCAAGGCUGUAAUAGAGCUCAGGAACCUCCACCUGAGAACCAGACAUACGCACCAGGCAUAAAUGGAAGUAGCAAACGCAACAGCUUCCCGUA